AUAUUACUGCUAGUCCAAUCUCUUCACCCUCCAAACAAACAACUCUCUCUCUAACCAAAACGUUGAACGCAACCAAACGCUACAAUGACGGAAAAAGAGUGCAAGUUCGACUACCGCAAAUAUGCGGAGGCGGCAACGAGACGCCUAGUGUACGGAUUUCUAGGCCUGGUCGCUACGGUUGCGGUUGUGAUUUUCUUUGUCUGGGCCAUACUUCACCCGCACAAACCGCGUUUUGUCCUGCAAGACGUUACCAUUUACGAGUUCAACAUCUCACAGCCUAACUUACUCAGUUCAAAUCUCCAAGUAACUCUCUCUUCUCGCAACCCAAACGACAAAAUCGGAGUUUUCUACGACCGCCUCGACAUAUAUGCCUCGUACCGCAACCAAGAGGUGACUUUGGCGAAUCUACUGCCGGAAACGUAUCAAGGCCAUCUGGAAGUGACAGUGUGGUCGCCGGUUCUGAUUGGAUCCGCCGUGCCAGUGGAUCCUUACCUGACUCCGGCACUGAAGGAAGACAUAAACGCCGGGAUGGUGCUUCUAAACAUCAAGAUCGACGGUUGCGUUAAGUGGAAAGUAGGCUCGUGGGUAUCUGGAUGUUAUCGGCUCCUCGUUAACUGUCCGGCGUUCAUUCCCUUCUCCGGCCAGGUAGUCGGCGCCGGUCCUGCGAUCAAAGACCAGCUUGCUCAGCAAUGUGCUGUUGACGUAUGAUAAAAAGAAGAAGAAUAUUUUUUUUAGACCAAUAAAGGAGAUAAAGCCUGCACAAGAAAUGCCAGGAUUAGGCAAAGCUUACAAGGGUGGUUUUAUUUUCUAGUUGGAUAUAAGAGGCACAUGAAAACGACUAUGUAGCUACUGGAUAUAAUUUGUGGAAUGAAAAAGUUAAAAAAUUAGUUAAAAUAGUAAUCUAAGCUCAUGAAAAAGAGUAGCUAUAGCCCUUUUUCAGAAAAAAGAAAGAAAUAAUAGUAGCUAUAUUUAUCUCUAGUGUAUAGAUAAUUUUAUUGGAUUAGUAAAAACUAAAAAGGUAUUGUACCAAAGGUUUCUUUGUGGAUCAUGUUUCAUGGAAAACAAAACCAUAGAGAGUUUACAUUGUACUAAAAUUAAGUAUCUUCUUCCACUAUUUGUUGUUGUUUUGGAUCAAUUGUUGUGUAUAUGUUGUUGGUGGUGAGAUACACAAGAGACUCACAUAUAGUCACUGUCACAUACUCACAUGUGAGGUGUGGAAUCAUCUUCAUGUUAGUGACAUUUGCACGCCUUACGGUAUAUGCAGCGUGAAGCACAAUACUCCUUACUUGUUUCUCCCUUUUAGUUACAUUUUUUUCUUUUGUGUGAAAUUUUUAAAAGUUGACACGCUUUUUAGAAGUUUAGUUUACAGAAGAUUCUCAACGCAAAAAGAAAUUCGAUAACUUUAACUCCUCAACAAACUUCUUACUUGCCGCGUGCCGCUGUUGAUUUAAUGACGUUUGUAAGUAACCAACCAACGCAUACACUUGUAGCCAGCCGCAUUGUCAAUGUCAAACCAAAAUAUAAGGCAAAAGAAAUAAGGUAACAAGAAAAAAUGUUAAAACGUGAGAUUUUCAUGGGCUUUUAAUAAGUUGGGCCUAACCAAGAAACCAACAUAGAGUUCUGUAUAAAGCCAAUACAUGUUAACGCAAUAUUUGAUACGAUGCCGUCUGGGUUAUUUCUGUUCUCUGGAUUAGAGCUAGUGGACCAGAGACGACAAGACAAGACAAGACUCUCUCUGUGUCUGGUCAGAAAUUCUUCAACUUCCACUAUCGAUUUCUGGAUGUUUUCACUCUGAUUGAAAGGUGAUGGAGAGAUUAUAGAUUGUUGUGUUAAACCACCCUAAAUUGCAUCCCGCUCAAAGGUUGUGUGACAAUACUCUAUAUAGGCCAAGGUGUUUUUAUCGGUGGUUUUAAAGAUGGGGAACAAAGCUACAACAACUGUGAAAGAAGAACGCGAAGAGAUCCACUUGAAGGUUGUACCUCCAGUAGACAGGGCUUUUGUGCGUUGGCUUGCAAGAGAUCUACAGAGAGUUCAGGGAUUCAAACCGAAGAACAUUCGUGCCAUCACUCCUCCUGAUAGCUACAUCGAGUUCAUGCGGUUGAAUGGAUCGCUUGAUGUGGAUUUGGAUGACCCUGAUCUUGCCCAUUUGUUCAAGUAAAACAAAAAUGGUGGCUGCGUUUCUUUUUUUUUUUAAUAGCUCAAGCUUUUUCAAAGUCUUAGCGUCUCUUUUAAAUUAACUUUACACUUGAGCUUCUGUGUGUUUAAAUGGGAUACAAGUGUCUGCAUUCAGAUAAACAAAUGUUUCCUAUUCAGUUGUCUUGGUUGUUCAAAGUCCACACAGCAUGUUAUUUUCAUCUCUUAACAUUGCCAAAAGUUGUAUGAGCUGGUGGAUUUAAUUUGGAGGUGGGGGUUGUAGUUUAACCAGUCCCCUUGUGGUUCA